CUGCUGCUCCUUUGAAGACUACAAACUGACCACUGAAUGGUGCUGAACACACAAAUCACCGUCCAAAGGGUUGCAGUGAUCUGUGGUUCAGGACUCGGUCUGCUGGCUGAUGGAGCCGCCAACAAACAGACCUUCAAGUACCAGGACAUCCCCAACUUCCCGUCAGUACAGUCGUGGGUCAUGAAGGCUGCCUGGUGUUUGGUACGAUUGAGGACACUUCCUGUGUCUUCAUGCAGGGUCACUUCCACCUGUAUGAAGGUUACUCCCUCUGUCGUGUGACGUUUCCUGUCAGGAUCUUUAAGCUGAUGGGGGUGGAGUCUGUUCUGGUGACGAACGCGUCCGGAGGAAUCUGUCCGGACUUUAAGGUCGGUGACAUCAUGAUCAUCAAGGACCACAUCAACCUGCCAGGAUUCGCUGGACAACAUCCACUGUGUGGACCCAAUGAUGAGCGUUUUGGCAUCAGGUUCCCGUGUAUGUCCGAUGCGUACAGUAAGGACCUGCGGCGGUUGGCGUUGGACGUGGGUUCUGAGCUCGGCUGCAGUGACUUCAUCAGAGAGGGGGUCUUCUGCAUGGUGAGCGGACCAAAUUUCGAGACCAUCGCUGAGGCCAGAAUGCUGCGGAUCCUGGGCUGCGAUUCUGUGGGUAUGAGUAUAGUUCCUGAAGUGACCGUUGCAAAGCACUGUGGACUCAGAGUUCUUGGUCUGUCCCUCAUCACCAAUAUGGUGUCUCUGGACUACAGUCGGGAGGAGAAGGUGAACCAUGAAGAGGUUCUUCAGACUACUAAGAUGAGGGCAGAAGUUCUGCAGAAACUUGUCACCAUGUUGAUCUCUCGAUGCCAGCAACAGAACAUCAACACCUACUGACACAUCAACCAUUAAUCUGUGUCUGUUGUUACUGCAGUGAGUUUGUAGCUGUCUGUUGACUUCAUAAUAAAACUUAAAACUCAGGGUAAACAA